CCGGAGCAGCAGCAGCGCCCUCGGUCGCACACGGUCACCACCACCAGCAGCUCCUUCACUGCUAGCUUCUCGGCCGGCUCCGGCGCCCUCGCCUACGACCGCGAGUUCCUGCGCACCCCGCCCGGGCUGCUCAUGCUGGCCGAGAUCGUGCUAGGUUUGCUGGUCUGGACACUGAUUGCUGGAACAGAAUAUUUCCUAUAUCCAGCCUUUGGCUGGGUGAUGUUUGUAGCUGUGUUUUACUGGGUUCUCACUGUCUUCUUUUUAAUCAUCUAUAUGACAGUGACUUAUACCAGGAUCCCCCAGGUGCCAUGGACCACAGUGGGUCUGUGCUUUAAUGGAAGUGCCUUUGUUUUGUACCUCAUUGCUGCCGUUGUAGAUGCAUCUUUGGUGACCAAAGAGCUAGACAGCCACAAUUACAACAGCUGGGCAGCUUCUUCAUUCUUUGCCUUCAUGGUUACCUUUUGCUAUGCUGGAAAUGCCUACUUUAGCUUUAUAUCUUGGCAGUCACGGACCUUACAAUAAAUAUUGUGUGUUUAAAAAAAAUCCUUAGGUAUAAAAUAUACAUCUCAAGAAGAUUGUGCUAUCUGACUGAAAGUUUGCAUUUUCUGAACACUUUUAGUUACAACUGGCAGAAAAUAUUGGCAGACAAUUGAAAUGGAUACUUAUUUAUAAUAUGCCCUGGUCUUUAUAGUGACAACAAAAAUUAUCUUUGUAUUAUAUGAUAAAGUAUUACAAGUAACACAUUUCAUAUUUUUCUUAUCUUUUAAAAUUAACAUGAUAUUUUUCUUAGACGUUGUAUAGAUAUAACUAAAACAUUUAAUGACAUCUUUUCAGAUGAUGUGCCAAUUCUGUAAAUUUAAACUAUUUUUAAGUGUUACAGCUGUACUUUUUGAUUCGAUGACACGAUUAAAAAUGAGAUUUCAGUAUUGUUAAUUUUGUAUGUAUAUGGAAAGCUAUGUAUGCAGAAGAAUGCUUUAAAAUAAAUUACCUGUUUUUUGUGUGUGUUUGUAAA